AUGGUUAUUGGUUCGACUACUAUAACCAGAGAGCAAAGUUUAGCCGUGGCCCGCGAAUUAGACGCCAUGGUAGAACAGAGCGGGGGCCGAAAUGAAUAUACUGCCAAUAUCGAAGCGCAGGAUGAGAGAGGCAAUCCAAUCAAAUUUUCUUUAUCGGCCAAAAGAAAAAAACUCUCAGCCAAAAAAACAUUAGGGAGAAUUUUAGAUUAUUCCAUCAAAGUGAUUAAUUAUAUUUUAGAUGUUCGCGGAAAACCGCGGUUAGAGGAGGGACAAAUUUAUUUAAGCGAGAGGGAAAAAAAAGUGCUAAUCGAAUCUCUACAAGAAGACAGUGUUGAAUUAAUUAAGCAGUUGGAAGAGUUAAGCAAGGAUAAAGACGCCCUGGAUAAAAAUUUAACUGCCCUCAAAAAUAUUCUCGAAACAAAAUUAGCCAAAAAAACCGAUUUGGACCAGGCUAAUAAUUCUCUUACGCAACUAGCGAAUGAAAAAUCCCAAUUACAACAACAAAUCACUAACUUUAUCAAUCAACUAAAUGACCUCAAUAAUGGUAAUAAAAAUAAAGAAGAAUUGGAACAAAAAAUUAAGCAACUAACGAAUGAAUUAGAGCAGGCUCAAAAUAAGGAACCGCCCAGAACCAACGAACCGUCCGAUUAUCAGGACAUUAAAACCGAACUCGAACAAUUAAGAAAACAAGUGGUUAAUAGCCAGGAUAAGGAAUUAAUGAAAAAAUUGGCAGAAGGUGUAUUAGAAUUAGCAGAAAAUAAAUUAGAUUGUUAUGUUUUAGAAGAUGGAACUAGGGUAUUGUCCGGUCGAGGUAUACAAAGUUCUUUAAAAAUGACUGACGAAGGUGGCAAGAAAAUAUCGGGAAGUAGGGUGGGCCGAAAUUUAAGCCAAAAAUCCCUUCAACCCUUUGUUAGAGAGGUGAUGGGGGUGGGCCAUUUGAACCCAAUUAUUUGCUAUGAUGAAAACGGAGUUGAAAUUCAUGGUUAUAAAGAUACUUUGUUUACGGCCAUAUGCAGAGUUUACUUAAAGGCAAGAAGAAGCAUACACUUGUCGCCAAGACAAAAAAUAAUUGCUGCUCAGUCUGAGAUAAUAAUUGACUCACUUGCCGAUCUUGGUAUCACAGCCUUAGUAGAUGAAGCAACUGGAUACAAUAAAAUAAGAAAAGAAAGAUUACAAAGACCUUCAUUUAUUGGCAUAUUAACAAACAAGUAUGUUUAUAAUAAUUUGCCUGAAGGAUUGCUAGAGGAAUUAAAGAAGAAGAUACCUAAAACAAAGGAAGGAAAAAUUAAAGGCAGGCUUCAUCAAUGGCUUACUGAAGAAUUAGGCAAAAAAGAUUUAAAUGAUACUCUUCAAGAGUUUGAAAAGUUGGAAAAAAAAUAUCGCCUCAAAAAAAAGUCGCUUUAUGCUGAAGUAGAUAGGAAAAUUGAAAAAGAGCAAAUAAAAGCAGAUUUUGACAAAAAGUUUAAAACUUUAUUAAGAAGAAGUUAUGCUGAUUAUGUUCUUCAUCCAAAAGGGCGAGAAAAUCCCUUAAUUAUUUUAGAAGCCAAAAAGCCAGGCAAAGACUUACAAAAAGCACUUUUUCAGGCAAAAAGAGACGCUGAGGAAAGAAAGGCAUCGCUUGUUUAUGUUAUCAUCGGAAGUGCGAUAAAAACUCUUCAUUUAAGAAUUGGUAAACCACUGGUAUAUAAUGGUGAAGAAGUCGACUUUAUCCUUGAUGAAAAAACUGCUCUAAAAUAUUUAGACACUAACGAAUAUAAUCCACAAGAAGCCGCUUUAAUUAAAUCAAAAAAAGAACUAAUUAAUUUUUUUAAUGAAUUUUCUACCUUACUAUUUCUUAAAUUGCUUAGUGAAAAAGAAGAAGACCUAGAGAAAGACCAACAACACAUUAAUACCAAAGUUUUAGCAUGUCCGGCCGGUCACAGCGAUAAAGAAAUUUGCUGCUUUCAAAAAAAAUAUGGUGAUGCUAUCUUCCAAUCCCUUAAUAAAAACAAACUGAGAUUAAGCGAAGUUGAUUCGGACGUCAAAGGAGAUGCUUUCGAAUAUCUUUUAAAAAAAUAUUUAAAUGACCAAAAAAAGGAUCUAAAACAGUAUUUUACCCCCCGUCCGAUAGUCAAAUUUUUAGUGAAAUUGGCUAAACCUAAAUUUAGUGAACGAGUUUACGAUCCAUUUUGCGGAACUGAUGGGCACAAUAAUAUCCAAGAAAUUGAUAGUUUAGAUAAGAAAAAGAACUCAGUAGAAAAUAAAUACAGUUUGCAUUGUUUUAAUGCUGUUAACAAAAAUUACAAAGAAGGAAGAAUAAUAGUUCCCGAAGGAGUGUUGUUCGAUGAAAAGAAAUUAACCAAAUUAAGAGAAAAAAUUUAUGAAAAUAGUUAUGUAGAAUGUAUUAUUUCGCUUCCCCGCGGUGCUUUUGCCCCUUAUGCUCCUAAUGCUAAAGCAAAUAUUCUUUAUUUAACCCAAGUUGAGAAUAUUGGUUAUGCCCUUAAUAGCAAACAAUCAGUAAAAAAAGGAGUGAAUGAUUUAGAUAUUUUUUGGAGUUUAGAAAAAGCCAGCGAAGAAGAAAAAUUAGCAAAAGGAUUUGAAAAAUUGCUGGUAGAAGAAAUAGAAAAAAGAAAUCAUGUGAGUAUCCCUAGGCUUUAUAAGAAAACCACCUUCGAAAAAGAGGAUGAUAAAUUUCCGCUUGAACAACUAAUAGAAGAGGUAAAAAUUACUUUUUUAGCAGCAACUAGGACUAGGAUGGAAGAAAAAAUAGACUUAGUUAAAAAUACUGUUUUUGCCAGUUCUGAUCCGGAUAAUGAACUGGAAAUAGAACUUAACAAAAAAGUUGGAGACAUUGGCUUAAAUAAAAGAAUAGCCUCUGAGGAUAUUUCCAAUUACGUGGUAGUUCCCCCCCAGCAUUUUUCUUAUCGUCCGCCAGGAAUUGAUGUUGGAUAUAUCUGCUUUAAUAAUAAACAAGAAACUGGGUGCGUAACUAGUUAUUAUCCAGUUUUCAAGGUAAAAGACGAAAAUAAAGUAAUUCCAGAGUAUCUUUGGUGCGUUUUUCAAUCAGAGAAAUUCAGAGGACAAACCAAGUUAGUGGGGUCGGCUCGAGCCAGUUCAACUUUUACCGAGUUCUGCAAAAUAAAAGUUCCAAUCCCUUCCUUGGAAGAACAGAAAAAAGUCAAGAAGAUUAGUGAUGUUUGCUUAAUAAAUCCUCCCAAAUCAGAAAUUAGAGAUAAAAAAGAAAUUGAAGUUUCCUUUUUGCCGAUGGAAGAUUGCGAAGAAUAUUCUUUGUAUGUUUUUCCUCAACGAACUAGCAAAAUUGAAGAAGUUCAUAAAGGUUAUACUUAUUUUGCCGAAAAUGACUUAUUAAUUGCUAAAAUUACUCCUUGCUUUGAAAAUGGCAAAAUGAGUAUUGCCAAAAAUUUGAAAAACGGAAUUGGCUUUGGCUCUACUGAAUUUAUUGUUUUAAGACCUAAAAAAGGAGUUUUGAUAGAAUGGGUUUAUUAUUGCUUAAGAAAUUCAGAUUUUAUAGAAGAGGGUAAAAAAAUUAUGACAAGCGGGGCUGGCCAACAAAGAAUUGGAGUUGAUUUUGUAAAUGGUUUUGAUGUAAAAAUACCUCUGUUAGAAGUACAAAGAAAAGUAAUCCCUAAAUUAGAACAAAAUGAAAAAGAUAAGGAGUUUCUUUCUGAAUUUAUUUGUCCCAGAACCAAUAAUAAGCAUGUUAAUUUAGGGGAUUAUAAUUAUUUAGAAAAUAGUCCUAAUUUUCUGAAAAAUGAAUAUUUGGAAGGUGAUUCGGACAUUGACGAUUUUGCUCGUCAGAAUCAAAAAAUCGUUAAGUGUGUUGAAUUUUAUGAAAAGAAAAUAAAAGAACCCUUAAAAAGAAAUUUUAUUAAUUAUUGCUUAUUUAAUGAAUUUAGUUCUUGGAACGAUUGUUUGCGAACUAAAAGAUUAAUCGAGGCGACGGGAAAAAAACAAUAA